AAAAAUUUUUAUUGUUAUUAACUUUUUCAUUAAAAAUAUAAAAGUAAUUAAACAAAAUAAUGAUAGAAUAGAUUAAUUAAUUUAGAAAUAUAUAAGAUUUUAUAAGCUCUUCUCUCUAAUCUCACAUCCAUCUUGAAUUGUAUCUAAGUGAUAAUAAAAUAAGCGAAUAGGAUGCAUCAAGUUUAGGGUUAGCUUUAGCAAACUGCAUUAAUCUAUCAACAUUAACAGCAUACCUAGACUAAAAUUAAUUUGGCAGUAUGGGAGUAUCAAAUUUGAGUUUUGGGUUAGCAAAAUGCCAAAAUCUCACUUCUUUAAUAAUCUACUUCAAUGGCAAUAUGAUCGAUCAAUAGGUUGCUUUAGAAUUAGGCUCUGCUAUAGCCAAGUGUUACAACCUUUAAAAGUUAUCUCUUUACCUUAGCAAAACUAUGAAGGAUGGUUCUUCACCAAUGUUAUGUUCUGCUUUAGUAAAUUGCACUUAACUGUCAACAUUAACAUUAAAUCUCGAUCAUAAUCAGAUAAACAAUUAUGAAAGUAAAGUUUUAGGAUCUGCAUUUGAAAAUUUUAGAUAACUCUAAAACUUGACACUCUUCUUAUAAGGUAAUAAUAUUAUGGGUUAGGGUGCCUUAUCAAUAGGUCUUGGCUUAAAAAAUUGUCAAAAACUCUAAAAUCUAACACUCUACUUAAAUCAUAAUGAAAUCGAUAAUUAAGGUGCUUAAGACUUAUUUGCUUCUAUAAAGAGCUACAAUAAUCUUUUUACUUUGAAACUUGGUAUCAUGUGGAAUUAGAUUGAACAAGCAACAAAAUAGUAAUUAGAAAAAAAAUUACUAAAGGCAAAAAGAUUAGUUAUAAAAUAGAUUUAACUUUGA